AUGAAGGACGUGCUCAGCAACGCCAACUUUCCCCAAGACGCCCAGGGGCGCACCUACCAUGUCGCAACAUGUGCCGGUCAAGUAGCCAACCGAAUCAUCACGGUCGGCGAUCAAGUGCGCGCGCACCGCAUCGCCAAAUCCUUCGAUGGUGGUGCACCGCUAUUCACCUUCAACUCGCAGCGCAACUUCCUCACGCUCACAGGCACCUUCCACGGCGUCCCCAUCUCCAUUGUCGCGAUCGGCAUGGGCUUCUCGGUGGUCGACUUUUUCGUCCGCGAGUGCCGCGCCGUGGUGGAGGGCGAGAUGAUCAUUGUCCGUCUCGGCUCGUGCGGGUCGAUGCAGCCCGAGUAUGGCAUCGGAACGGUGGUGGUGCCGAAAGCGAGCUUCGGGAUCAUGAGGAACUAUGACUACUUUCAUCAUGAUACGAGCGCGGAUGAGCGCAGAGCGGGGGCGUUGGAGCCGUACAUCAUCACCAAGCCUUUGGACGCGGACGCCGAGGUGCACGAUGCCUUGCUGGCCGCGCUCGAGGCCGACAAGCCCGCAGUGAAAGCCAAUCUGUUCGAAGGUGGAGAAGCCAAGGCCGUGGGUAAUACGGUCAAUGCCAGCGCAGACAGCUUCUAUGGCAGCCAGGGUAGAAUUGAUCCGGCUUUCGUCGAUGCCAAUGCCAACUUGAUCGACGUGAUCCGCGAAAGGAGGCCCGGUGUCGCGACGUUGGAGAUGGAAACCUUCGUGCUCAACCACCUCGCUGCCGCAGCGAACGACGCGAUCGAGCUGGCCGAGAAGAACGGACAGACGCCCGUGCACAAGGGUAAGAUCCGAACAGGCGCCAUUCAGAUGAUCUUCGCAAACCGCAAUACGUCGGCGUUCAUCUCUCCGGAGGAGUGCGAGACGCUCGAACACUGGGCCGGCAAGUCGGUCCUCGAUGCUCUGGCCAGCAUUGAGAUCCCCAAAGAGAGACUGCACCCGCACGGCGUGUGGGACACCGCUGCAUCUUCAUAG